GCUUUAAGCUGACGCAGCCUCACACAUGAAGGAUUGGAUUCUCUAAGGUGCAGAACUGCCGCCGCUCUAUCUUGAGGCAUCUCUAGGAUAAACCGUCUCGUUCAAUUCCGCACCUGCUAGACAUCUACAAUCGUCCCGCAACUCCAGCCUUUCAAUUAACAUUUAUACAUCUCUCUCUGUCUUGGUUCAAUUCUUCCAGCGCCCGCCCCCGGAAGUAAUUAUGUAAUAUCCGGUAGCUUUUACUCAUGUGACUAAACUGGAACCUGUGUAACAUGGCGGCGCCCGUAUCGCCGUCACUGUUGGUGACUGCUGGAGAGUUGGCAAGACUGAGCCAUAAGAAGUACAGAGCACUUCUGAAGAAAGAGAAACGAAAGAAAAAACGACAAUUAUUGGCGAGACUGAGAGAUUCAGCAGAGAAAAAUGCACAGAUAUCUGAAGAAGAAGAGCUGGAUGAAGAAGAAAAACUGCUUGAAGCAGAAAGGCAAAGACUGCAUGAGGAAUGGUUACUAAGAGAAGAAAAGGCUCAAGAAGCUUUUAGGAUCAAGAAAGAAAAAGAAGAGGCAGCGAGAAAACGUCAGGAAGAAGAAGAGCGAAAAAUAAAACAAGAAUGGGAAGAGCAGCAAAGGAAAGACCAAGAAGAGGAGGAGCGGAAACAACAAGUGAAGAAAGACAGAGAGGAGGCUGUGCAGAAGAUGUUGGACCAAGCUGAAAGUCAGCUGGAAAAUGAAACUACAUGGCACAACCCUGAACCUCCAGAAAAUGUAGGAACAGAGAAAGAUCGAGCCAAUUGCCCAUUCUACAUUAAAACAGGAGCUUGCCGAUUUGGAGACAGAUGCUCUCGGAAGCAUAACUAUCCAAGCUCCAGCCAGACACUCCUUAUCAGGGGUAUGUUUGUUACUUUUGGAAUGGAACAGUGUAAAAGAGAUGACUAUGACACAGAUGCAAGUUUGGAGUACAGUGAGGAAGAAAUCUACCAGCAGUUCUUAGACUUCUAUGAAGAUGUGCUUCCAGAAUUCAAGAAUGUGGGAAAGGUUAUUCAGUUCAAGGUCAGCUGCAACUUCGAGCCUCACCUCCGGGGAAAUGUGUAUGUUCAGUACCAAUCAGAACAAGAAUGUCAGGAAGCUCUUGCUUUAUUCAAUGGUCGAUGGUAUGCUGGGCGGCAGCUUCAGUGUGAAUUUUGUCCAGUAACCAGGUGGAAAACAGCUAUUUGCGGCUUAUUUGAAAGACAGAAAUGCCCCAGAGGGAAACACUGCAAUUUUCUUCAUGUAUUCAGAAAUCCAAAUAACGAGUUUUGGGAGGCCAACAGAGAUAUUCAUAUUUCCCCUGAAUGGACCAAACAUACUGGUAAAAACUCUGAAAGGAGAAAUAGAUCAGGCUACUAUGAAGAAUAUUAUAGCCGGUCUAGGAGAAGGAACAGUCCAAGUUCAGAUCAUGCCUACAAAAGAAACGGAGAGUCAGAGAGGAAAAAGAGUCAUAAACAUAAAAAAAGGCACCUUCGUGAGACCUCAGGGAGUCAUGGAAGACAUCAGUCACGCAGUAAGAAGAGGCAGAGUCGCAACAGGAGUUGGACACGUAGUCGUAGCAGAAGUUCCUCUCGGUCAAGGAGUAGAGGCAGGAAAAGGUCCAGUAGCAGAGGAAGAAAUAGUUGAACCUACUGCUGAAGAAUGACAUCUCAAGGUGUUUGUGGCCAAUAAACUCUAGUGCUACCUGAGCUAUUGCAUACUAGAUGUUGUAUGCUGUACUGCUUUGCUCCAACGUAGCAUAACAUUAUUCUGGCAUGAAAGCUUGGUGUUGUUUAAAUUCUUGAGCAAUUCUAGUACAGUGUUGUACAGUUGCUCUGAAGUUCCACACCUUUUCUUUAGAGGUCAAUGAUGAAACAGAUUGUGUGAUUUCAGAUAAUAUAUUCACUUGUACCGGAGUAAAUCCUGCAUGUAAAAGCAUUGUGAUAAGUACAAUACAGCUUGUCCCUUUGCUGGUCUAGGCAAGAACAUACAAAAUCUAAAAGGAUGUUUCAACAUUUAACUGUUGUAGAAUACAGCUGCAUUACUACGGAAGUGAAUAGAAACAAAAUGUAAUAAUACAACUUGGUAAAAAAAGCUUUCAAUGAAGUCAGUUUCCUAUCUUUUGAUGUGCUCAAGGUAGGGUCAGGUGACUGGAAGAGGCUUGAUGAUACUGAGGACUCCCUUAGUUUCCCUGUUUGCAGCUGUCAAUUCAUGUGGUGCCCUUGACUUCAGCUUAUGUCCUUCUUCACUGGAAAGGAGUAUACUUGGCUUGGAAGCUGCACAAGCCGCUUGUCCUCAGUGGGUUUCUGAGUAUGUACAUGUUAUACCAAGUGGAAGGAAAGAACAGCAAUAGCUGGAAGAGGAAGGGAAGAAAUUCCUCAUCUUUCCUUCUUCAGUCUUUGGAGGGAUUUUUACCAGGUAUAAAUAAAAACAGGGCUUCUUACAUAAGUAUCUGUUCUUCAAUUUAUUUGAAAGUAAAUUUAUCAAACCCCACAGUUUUGGAAGUGUUUGCAGUUUCAGUCCCAUAAGCAGAAGGAAGCAAAUGAAGAUCUUAUCUUUAAAGGCUUCCUCAGUGACAUGCGCACCUUUGUGGUUCAUAGUAGUAAUUACAACCUACUGCUUUUACUUGUACCUCAGAACUCACAUUGCAAAAACACUUGUAUGAUAACUUUAUACUUUAGCUAUACAGCCUCAAGUCCUUCUGUAACAGGAAGAUGUGUCCUUAUUUUAGUGUGCUUUGGUAGAAAUGUAUGAGUAAAGGGUGUUUUUUUCAACAUUCAAGUGUGCAUAAUUUUCCCUCUACUUAUUUCUAGAAAUAAUUUAAUAGGAAAGGUUCUUGCUUACUGUUCAAGACCGAUCCAUUUGGAAAUAUCCAUGAUAAUGUGUGCCCUAUCCUGUGAGGGAUUUCUGCAAGUUGCAAUUCUCUGUUGUAAAUAAAAAAUGCAUUAGUUGAUGA